UAUAUUGAUUUAGUGUAAAGUUUGAAAAGAUGUGGUUAUAUUAAGGAAUUUUUUCAAAUAAAAUGUACUGAGUAUAUAGUCUUCUAAUUGAAAGCACUCUUUUAAGUUUAUUGGGUUUCUUUUAUGAAAAAAUACAUGUGUUUCUUUGAAGUUUGGAAGUUUGUUUUUUUAAUUUAAAUAAUGUUUGAUAUAAUAUUCUCUUAUUUUUCUCUGGAUUUAGUUGUCUAAUAGUAAUUAAAAAAAGAAAAAGAAAAAAACUUAAUAGAAACCAUAAAAAAUACACAUUUCAGCCAGACAGGGUUGUUAGUUAGUGUUAUAUACAAUGAAAGGAAAAAGAAACACAUCCCUUGAGCCCACUAACUGUUCCUUUUCUCCAAGCGUGAUUGAUGGCAAUAAACAUUUCUUUCUUGAUUUCUUAGUUCUCACUCAUAUUACAAAAAGCUAUGAUUCACUUUAUGUUAAAUUCUUGAAUGGAACCACGCAGAUGGUUUCAAGUUUCCAACCACUAUGCCCACUAAAGGCACCCUCCACUACAAACAAAACAAGUCAAUUUUUAGAAUCAAAUCAUUCGACCACUUUUAUAUUAGUGUGUCUGCAUACAAUAGAUAUAAGAAGCACGCUUAUCUCACACUAGCAUAGAACACACACUUGAGGCCAUGGACUGGUUUACUUGGCUCUCAAAAACUGGCCUAGACCCAUCUCUAGUCUAUCACUAUGGCUUAAUAUUUUCACACAAUGAGCUUGAAGAAGCCGACACGGCUUACUUCAACCAUGAAUUCCUCCAGAGCAUGGGAGUUUCCAUAGCCAAACACAGGCUGGAAAUUCUCAAGCUUGCUCAGAAGUAUAAUGGAAGCAUUGCACACCCCAUGUCUAAGAUCCUGAUUGCCAUCAAACGGACUAAGAACCGUUUCUCAAAGUAUUUAAGGACAUGGAUUCGUUGCGAGGAGUCUGCCCUGGCCAUCGUGCCUGCAGGAAGCUACAGCACUGGCCGGAAGAACUCCAUGAUCAAGAAAAACAAGAGGCUGUUGCUGGCUAAUAACCAGCAGCAGAACCGAGCACCACUUCUGCUCACAAAUGGUAGCCCGGUGAUGUUCCCUAGCUCAAGAAUCAACAGCUUUUCAAGCCCUGCUGUGUUUGAAUUUCAAAGAGAUGAUCAGAAGCUGGAUGAAGAGUAUGAUCACUAUUGGCCCUCUGUAGUUGAAGACAUCAGGUGGGAUUCAAUGUUUCAGAACUUGAAACCAACCUGAAGAUUUACCAUAG